AUGCAUACCACCACUCUUCUCCUACUUCUCUCCUCCAUCGGCGCUCACGCCGUGCCUCUAUUCCAUGCCCGCUCCAACGACACUCUGGCGCGCAGAGACGAGCAGCCCUACAGCGUCGUUAACGUCGGCGAUGAAACCACCAGCAGCCAAACUCCCACGGUCGAAACCAUCACCGUCGCCAACAACCCCCCUCAACCUCCGGUGACUCUCACCGUGACCCAAACGCCCUCGUCCACUCCGGCUGCGUCUGCAUCUCCCUCUGCGUCCGGCCACCUUGUGCCCCCUGGCUGGUCCAUCCCUUCCGUGCCGACCGAAGACCCCGAAUCUGAGUCCGGCGAGGACUCCCAGAUCGCUGCUCGGGGCUUCAACCAGACCGAGAGAGCCGCUCGCAACUUCAGACGGUCCGCCGUGGCCAACAGCACCGUGACCCGGGAUCUCCACGCCCGCGGUGAGAACUCUACUGUCUCUUCCGAGUUGCACGCUCGAAGCAACAGCACCUUGACCCGGGACCUCCAUGCCCGGAGCGAAAACACUACUCUUCCCGAAUUGCACGCUCGCAGCAACAGCACCCUGACUAGAAGCCUCCACGCCCGCGGUGAAAACACGACUACUACUUCUGAGUUGCACGCUCGCAGCAACAGCACCUUGACCCGUGAUCUCCACGCCCGGAGCGAAAACACCACCCUCCCCGAGCUGCACGCUCGUAGCAACAACACUCUGACCCGGGAUCUCUAUGCUCGGAGCGAAAACUCCACUCUUCCCAAGCUGCACGCUCGCAGCAAUGGCACCGGACUUGAGACUCGAUCUCUCUUCUCCCGUGGCAACGACACCGAGUCCAGUCUGCAUGCUCGCAGUGCCAACGUCACUGGUGGUGCCGGUCUGUUCAGCCGUGGUGCCCUGAAUGCCACCACGCUUGUUGGCCGAUCCAACAGCACCGUUGUCUAA